AUGAAGACCUCGAAAUCUUCUUCGAAUGGGUGGAUAACUCAUACUACUCGCGAAGAAGUGGCUAGAAAAUUUGUGAAACUAGAUUUCGAGGAGGAUGAAGACCUCGAAAUCUUCUUCGAAUGGGUGGAUAAUUUGAAUAUACAAAUUAUCAUACAAAAAUCUUCUUUGAAUGAGUGGAUAACUCAUAAUACUCGCGAAGAAGUGGCGAGAAAAUUUGUGAAGCUAGAUUUCGAAGAGGAUGAAGACCUCGAAAUCUUCUUCGAAUGGUGGAUAAUUUGA